AGUAGUGGCUCUGUGGUCGCGCCAGGCGUUGCGCUGGGGUGAUGGCGUCUGGCUCCCUGUGGCGGCUGCGCUCGGGCGCCGCAGGGUCCCUCUCAGCUUAUGGAAGAAGAAUCAGUGUCAGAUUUUGCAGCUCAGGCAUGACUUUAGACAAUAUCAAUCAGGCAGCUGUGGAUCGAAUUAUCCGGGUAGAUCAUGCAGGUGAAUAUGGAGCAAACCGCAUCUAUGCAGGGCAGAUGGCCAUCCUGGGUCGCACAAGUGUCGGGCCAGUCAUUCAGAAAAUGUGGGAUCAAGAAAAGGCCCACUUGAAAAAGUUCAGCGAAUUGAUGGUUGCAUUUAGGGUCCGGCCAACAGUUCUGAUGCCCAUUUGGAACGUGAUGGGGUUUGCACUAGGAGUGGGAACCGCCCUGCUUGGGAGAGAGGGAGCGAUGGUCUGCACUGUGGCUGUGGAAGAGUCCAUAGCACAUCACUACAACAACCAGAUCAGGACAUUGAUGGAGGAGGAUCCUGAAAAGUAUGAGGAGCUUCUUCAGGUGAUAAAGACAUUUAGAGAUGACGAGCUUGAGCACCAUGACACAGGCCUUGAACACGGCGCAGAACAGGCUAUAGGAUAUGGCGUUUUGAAGAGGGUCAUCCAGGCUGGAUGCAGCAUGGCGAUAUACUUAUCAGAAAGAUAUUAAGGAUCACUCACUCUGGGGGAAGCCAGUCGCCAUGUGAUGAGCACACUCAGGCAGUUACUCUGUGGAGAGGGUCACGUGGCCAAGAAUAGAGGCCCCCUGCCUACAGCCAUGUUUGUGCAACAUCUUGGAAGUGAAUCCAUCAGCCCCAGUCAAGCCUUCAGAUGACUGCAGCCAACGUCUGACUGCAGCCUCAUGAGAGACGCGGAGCUGGAAUCACCCAGCUGAGCCAGUCCUGAAUUCCUGACUCAGCAGCUAUGUUGGAUAAUAAAUGUUUGUUUUCAGCUGCA